AUGGACACGCGGAGCCGCCGGGAUGCGAAGCGCACGGAGCGGCCCGGCAGCGGCACCGGCACCGGCAGCACCGGCACCGCUGAGGGCGAGGGAGAGCGGGAGCGCAUCCGCGGCCGCAUGAGGAUGGUGAUCGGGCAGCUCGAGGGAAUCCUGCGAGAGCUCAAGGAGGUGGCCAAGGAGCUCCGCGAGGUCGUGUCCCAGAUUGAUCGCCUGACAUCGGACUUCGCUCUGGACCUGGAGCCGGACGCUUGGACUCCGGCCACGGCCAGCAGCACGUCCAGCAGCGACCGGGGCGGCGCCAGCCUUGAGCUUGGCCCUCUGGAUUUCGCCGCCUCCGACGUCCUCUCGGACAGCUGGGAAUUCUGCUCCUUCCUGGACACCUCCACGCCCUCGGACCCCGGCGAUUGUCCGGAGCCUCCGCGGCCGCCGCCGGCCCGGCUGAUGAACGGGGGGGUCCCCGUGGCCAACGGCCCCCGCGGGGGCGGGGGGACCCCGGAUUCCUCCAGUGAGGAAUGUUUCGGGAGCGCCGCCGUUCCCAAAAUGCCGUCGCAGCGGCCGGCGGGGACGCGGGAGCGGGUCCGCUUCAGCGACAAGGUGCUCUACCACGCCCUGUGCUGCGACGACGACGGCGACGCCGAUGCCGGCGCCGACAUUCCCGACGAUCCCGCCAGGAAGGGGCCUCGGGAACAGCUCCUGAGGAAUCCGGGCACGAUCCCGAUCCGCAGGGCCACGAGGAACAGCAGCACCCAGACCGUGGCCGAUAAGAGCACGCAGACGUUGCUGCCCUACGUCCCGGCCAGGCAAAGAAUUCCCAACAAAAACUGAGCCCGGAUCCGGGUUUGGGAAGGGUUUGGGGGAGGGGAAAAUCCCUGGGAAAGGGGUUGGAAAAGAUCUAUAUAUAAAUAUAAAUAUAAAUAUAUAUUUCAAUAAAUCCGUACUCCUCAUAAACGCC